GGCCGGAGCGGAAACUUUCUUCUCCCCUCCCUCUCCUCGCAUCUUUUUUAAAAUAGCUCUUGCGGUUUAGUCUCUGGCUAACCUAGCUGAGAGGGGCUAAGCGAGGCCAACCUCGGGUUUCCAGAGGACACAGGAUAAUGCAAUGGCCCAACAAAGAGUCCUCCCCCAGAGCAAAGAGACCCUCCUUCAGUCCUACAAUAAGAGGCUGAAAGAUGACAUUAAGUCAAUUAUGGAUAAUUUCACUGAGAUCAUAAAGACAGCAAAGAUUGAAGACGAAACUCAGGUCUCCCGGGCAACUCAGGGUGAGCAGGACAAUUAUGAGAUGCAUGUGAGAGCUGCCAAUAUUGUCCGUGCUGGGGAAUCUCUGAUGAAGCUCGUGUCUGACCUCAAGCAAUUUCUCAUCCUCAAUGACUUUCCCUCGGUGAAUGAAGCCAUUGAUCAGCGUAACCAGCAGCUUCGAAGCUUGCAGGAUGAAUGUGACAAGAAACUCAUUUCUCUGCGGGAUGAGAUAUCCAUUGACUUAUACGAGCUUGAGGAGGAAUAUUAUUCGUCCAGCUACAGUCUUUGCGACACAAUUGAUCUACCUCUGUGUGAAGCCUACUGGAGGCAGGACCUCACUUCAUUCUCCCCUGAUGGUCUCUCGGCACCUCUUCUAGUGUCUCCUGCAGAGCCUGGCACAGCCCCAGUGCAAGGGACUGCACCUGUGCUCCCUCACGUCAACGGGCCUGGUUCAGGGCCCACGGAGCAUGCAUGACCAGGAUCCAUUCCCGAUGCUGUCAAAGGUGCUCACCGAUGACUCCCGCUGCCCCAGCCAACAGUGGCCCCUUUGGGCAUAGAGUGCCACUUGGAAAGUAGCACGUUAGUAUUUCAGUCUGGGUUUUCUCUCACUUCAUUGCCCUCUCCUUCAGGCUCAGGGAUAGAUUACAGAUGCCCAGGUCAUCCAUCUAUUACUGCACUUCCUUUUCCUGGGACUAACCUUUGUUGGGCAAAAGUCACCUUGUUCCUGAAAUUAGAGCAUUAUGGGAGGGGGUUGAGGAAUUUGUUAGCCUGAGCCUAAAAUUAGGCAGAGCCAAACACUUUGAGUUGGGAAAACUGUAAGUUACAUAUUCAGUUGUUCCUAGGGACUGCUAUUCAUGAAGUCUUCCUCUUCCUCUCCUAGCCCAUUUCUUAUCAGUAGAGAUAGGAGGAAGCUAGCUCUGGGUUUCAUCUUAUGUUCAGUAUUCACUCAAAAGUGAGUGUGUGAGUGAAUUAGUGAGAGAGAGUGGGUGAUAUAGAUGUGGAUGUAUAAAAGAAAGAUGUAGGGAGGGAGCUAUAAAUUCUUGGAUUUGUAAGUAGGUAUGAAAAGAAUGUAGCAUUAACUUAAGCAGCACACAGAGAGACCACAUUAAAGAUUGGCAUUUGGGGGAAAAUAUAGCUACUAUAAGUGAGCAAAGCUGUGCCUGGUCCAGCUUCCAAAUAUACUUGACAUAGAAUCACUUUUUCAUUGGAAGUUCUAUAUUAAAGGUGACUCCUCAAAAUCAAUUGCUUCCUGGAGUUUAGGGGGACAGAGGGAAUGAAUUAUACUGUAAUUUACUCUUCGUUUCCCACAGUGAUUCUCUUUAUUUUUGUAACUAUACUGUUGAAUAAAUAAAUCAUGAACCUUU